AUGACUGAUAACUACUCGAAAAUCAGCUUUAUUACGUUGAUUACAAUUUCUAACAUCAUCUUUAGGUUGACAUACCAUCUAGUCACGUCAGAUGGGCAAAUCAUGAUGCCCGACUUUGUUUUAUUUAUCAAAUUAUCAUCAGCCAUCAGCUACGAAGUAUUUUUCAUGGAAGUAAAAAGAAAAGGCAACCAUAGCAAUAACACCUUGGAAAACGAUAUGAUAAAGCUCAGCAAAGAAAUGCAUAUUGCAUUAAACAAGUUAGUGGUAAAAAAAGUUAAGAAACCAGAAGUUGUUGGCUUAUUGGCGGAAGAUCAUAAAGCGGUGGCCUACAAAAUGGAUAUUAAAUAUAACGGCCAAUACCGAAUGAUUGAGAUCAGCAGGUUUCAUUUUGCCAGAGAUAUUUCUGACGAUAUCCUAUUACUACCAACAAUCAUUGAAAAAUUGAAUCAGAUGAAAAAAAUCAUAGAGCGCACUAUAUCAAAUUUGUACAAUAGUAAAAAUGAAGAAGUAGUGGAUUUGGCCGCUUAUACUAGAAAGCCAUGUAAAAACCCGGUGCUAAUUAGUCAAGACGCCAUUAAAGUCUAA